GAACUAAUUGAACUCAAGCACAUCAACUUGUUCCGUUAGUCUUCGCCGUGUAUUUUCUCGAAACGGUUCGAGCGUUGUGGAACAUUUGAAAUUCUCUCGGAGCAAUAUUUGCAUUUCCCUCUGUGCUGAAGGAUGAUCAAAGAGAAGCGAUUGAAGUGCAGUGAUUUCUGAUUUACUGAAAAGAUAUGAAACGAUGAGUUACUGGGAAAAGUGAGAGCAACAUAAUUCUUAGGUGAAGGUAUUCCUCUGAAAAUUCAACUGUUCGACUCGAGUGGAGUUUCCAUCGGGCAGGAUGAAACCCAACGCCAACAACAUGCACUACUUCUCGGAGUCAUCGGACGAGGAUGACGAGCAAACGUUACUGAUCAAAAAAGUGCAGCAGGACAACAAACUUUGGGACUCGUUCCAGGAUCCGCCGGUCCAGCAAACGUCCGGAUCGGCAGCAACACGGGAGUACCUGAUUGUGUUUGUUAAGGUUCUCAAAGUGUUUACGUACAUCUUCGUAUUCCUGGUAACGCUGGCGGCCGCCUGUUUCUCCAAGAUUUCCUUCCUGCUGAUGACGUCCAACAUUAAGGAGGGCACCAAAAAUCGAUUCUGUGAUGUGAGACAACCAGACAAGCAGUUUGAGGCGUUUAUCCCGACGGAACAACGUGUAGGUUGGAUGUGGGCAAUCAUAUUCUCUUUCGCCGUUCCGGAGCUGGGCACACUGAUCCGUGCGGCGCGAAUUUGCUUCUUCAAAAACAUUCCCAGACCUUCGUGUGGUCUGUUGUCUCUGGUCGCCCUAAUGGAGACGUUUCACGUGGCCGGACUGGCUCUGUUGGCCUUUCUAAUCUUCCCGAAUCUGGAUGCCGUGAAAGCCGUCAUGCUGACCAACUGCGUCUGCAUGGUUCCUGCCGUGCUGAAUAUACUGUCCCGAUCAACGGCGGAAUCCAAGCUGCCUUAUAAGUACGCCAUCGAUGUGGUUGCGGUCAGUGCCCAGGUGACGGGAUUCGUCGUUUGGCCCAUGUUAAGCAAUCAGUAUGAGUUGUGGUUCAUACCGGUUGCCGUGUUUCUAGCUUCGUGUCACUGGUGGGAGAAUUAUCUGUCGCUGAAGAGUUACUUUCGACCAUUUGCAGCGCUGGCCUCCAUCAGGGAAAAACUAUCCGAAUCCCGCUACUACAUGUACCUAUUCGUGUCAGCGCUGAAAAUCCUCCUCUUUCUGGCGGUGGGAAUAUCCCUCUCUGGACAAUCGCUAUCAAACUUCUUCGACAUGUUUGUCGUUGGCUGGGGAAACCACACCAUCGAAGUGAGGGAGAUGGAAGCCAUCCUCAACGAGAAGUUCCCGGAUCUCACCUCGAUCACAUCGGACCUGGAGGUGUUGGAGGUAUUCUCGGCAAAAAAUGGCAUCCUCUGGGUCACGGUCGCCCACGUGCUCUGUUCGUACUUCUGCUACAUAUUCAGCAAGUUCUCCUGCAAGAUCCACAUCCAAAGUUUCUCGAUGGCCUUCCCGAUUAGUCUGACCGUUCCGGUGACCGUGACCCUGUUGCUGGUGUUCUGUGGACUUCGCGAAGCGAACGUCUGCGCGUUCAACGGUAUACUGCCAGAUUAUUUGUUUUUCCGGAUGCCCCCGAUCUACUAUCUGUUUGAUUAUGUGAUCAAUGAGUUCUCCUGGCUGUGGAUACUGUGGCUGCUGUCGCAGACCUGGAUCACGCGUCAUCUGUGGAUGCCGAAGAGCGAUCGGAAUGCUUCCACCGAAAAGCUGUUCGUGACACCCAUGUACAACAGUCUGCUGGUGGAUCAAGGCUUGGCCAUGAAUCGACGCCGUGAGGAUCAGGAGGAUUUCGUGAAGAAAAUGGAUAUGGUCAAAGUGAAGGACACCGAACGAGCGAACGAGAUCGACGCGCGGGCAAACGAUCGUCGGAACGAUGAGAUCAAACCGUACGAUAGGAUACCGCAGAUCUUCAUAUGUGCCACCAUGUGGCACGAAACCAAGGAGGAGCUGAUGGAGUUCCUGAAAUCGAUUCUGAGACUGGACGAGGACCAAUGUGCGCGCCGGAUGGCCAUGAAGCACAUUCAGGCCUCGAAGGAGGACAUCGAUCCGGAUUAUUAUGAUUUGGAGACGCACAUCUUCUUUGACGACGCCUUCGUAAACGACAAAUCGAAAUGCGAGAGUGCAAAUGAUUCUCCGUUGAACUCCUACGUUAAGACACUGAUCAAAUACAUUGAGGAGGCAGCUCUGGAGGUGUACAAAACGAGGAUGCGUAUCUAUCCGCCCACAAAAAUCGUGACACCAUAUGGUGGACGGCUAAUCUGGACACUCCCGGGUCGGACGAAGAUGAUUGCCCACUUGAAGGAUAAGAACAAAAUUCGACACAAGAAACGCUGGUCUCAGGUGAUGUAUAUGUACUACCUUCUGGGCUACAGAAUCAUGCAAUUGAAGACUUCACCGGAGAGAAAGAUGGUGAUCGCCCAAAAUACCUAUCUGUUAGCGCUCGACGGAGAUAUUGACUUCCAACCGCAAGCGGUCUCUUUGCUGGUGGAUCGUAUGAAGGUGGAUCCGGAUUUGGGGGCAGCCUGCGGACGAAUACACCCCGUUGGAACAGGCCCGAUGGUUUGGUAUCAGAUCUUCGAAUACGCAAUCGGUCAUUGGCUGCAGAAAGCCACGGAACACGUGAUCGGUUGUGUUCUGUGUUCACCCGGUUGUUUCUCACUGUUCCGCGGGCGUGCUCUGAUGGAGAACUCCGUGAUGAAGAAGUACACGACUAAAUCGGACCAGGCCCGUCACUACGUACAGUACGAUCAGGGUGAAGAUCGGUGGCUCUGUACGCUUCUCUUGAAGCAGAAGUUCAGAGUUGAAUACUCGGCAGCUUCCGACGCUUAUACCCAUGCCCCGGAAGGUUUCAAUGAGUUCUACAACCAACGUAGACGCUGGGUACCCUCCACCAUAGCGAACAUAUUUGAUCUACUCGGAGAUGCCAAACGGGUCGUCAAAACGAACAACAGUAUUUCCAUGCCGUAUAUCAUAUACCAGAGUAUGUUAAUGUUCGGUACGAUUUUGGGCCCUGGAACCAUCUUCCUGAUGAUGGUCGGAGCGUUGGUUGCCGUAUUCCGGAUCGAUCUAUGGACUUCGUUCCUGUGGAACGCACUUCCACUUGCAACCUUCAUGGCAAUCUGCUACUGGGCAAAACAAAAGUAUCAGCUGAUCGCGGCUUUCUUCAUUUCCGCCAUCUACUCACUUGUCAUGAUGGCUGUCCUGGUUGGUAUCGUAAUCCAGGUAAUGGAGGACGGUAUCCUCGCUCCAUCAUCCGUGUUCUUCCUCUGCGUCGCGCUCCAGAUUGUCAUUACCGGACUGUUACAUCCCCAGGAACUGGAAGCCCUGCCGGCGGGACUCGUGUACUAUAUUACCAUCCCAUCGAUGUACAUGCUGCUGGUGAUCUAUUCGGUGUUCAACAUGAACGACGUGUCCUGGGGCACUCGGGAGAAUCCCACGGAAGCUGCUAAACCCGUGGCUACCCAGCAGCCUCCCCCAGGCAAAAUGAGCAAAUUUUUGGGCUAUCUACGCCCGAACGACAGGGAGGAGGAUGGAUCGAUCAACAUUGGCAUCAGGGGGCUGUUCAGUUGUCUGUUCUGUACGCACCCAAAGUCCAGCGCCGAAAAGGAGCAAAUAGUUCAGGUGGCUUCCUCCCUGGCGGAGAUAAAUACCAAGCUGAAGGAUCUUGAAAUGAAAUUAACCGGCACCGUCACUGCGAUGAGAUCUGACGACGAGGAUGAUGAUGAAAUGGGCUGCCUUGACAUGCACCCGGAAGGAGGCUCAUCGACUGGAGUGUCCUCGCCCAUUCAGACGGCGAAGAAUUCCGAGCUGGAGGAGCCCGAGAAACAAAUCAACUACCUCCCCGACUGGCUGUACGACGUGGACCUUCGCAACGGUGACACCGAGACCAUCUCCGCCUCCGAGGAACAAUUCUGGAUCGAACUGAUCGAGAAGUAUCUCAAACCGUUGGAUCUCACCGAGAAGCAAAAGGACGACAUGAAAUCUCAGCUCAAAGCGCUGCGUGAUCUGGCCGUGUUCGCGUUUGUGAUGGCCAACGCCCUCUUCGUGCUGGUUGUGUUCCUGCUGCAGCUCAACAAACGCGAUCUGCACAUCCAGUGGUGGUUCAACGCAAAAAACACCAUCAGUUUCGACGAGAGUACCGUCGAGAUCACGGUGCGUCGGGAGUUCCUCGAGCUGGAACCCAUCGGGUUGGUGUUUGUGUUUUUCUUCGGGUUGAUUUUGGUUAUCCAGUUUAUAGCGAUGUUGAUGCACCGGUUCGGGACAAUCUCGCAGAUCCUGGCGUCGACCCAACUAAAUUGGUACUGCUCCAAGAAGGCGAAGGAUAUGUCUUUGGAUGCAGAGCUCCGGGAGAACGCAGUGGAAAUCGCACGGAGGCUGCAGAGACCCAAGCCCCAGUGGGAUGAGGAGGAUUUGGAGGAUGACCAGAAGGCCAUCGGUAGAAGGGAUACCAUCCAUAGAAUACUGUAUCAGCACAAGAAUAAGCAGGAUUGGAGCAACUUGGAGGCGAACUUCAAGCGGAACUACUACAAGGAUGGUGACCUAAAUCUCGGCGGUCGAUUGACGCUCAGCAGGAAGACAUUGAAUGUUUUGGACACGCGACGAAAAUCGAUGGCAGAGCAGAGGAAGAUCAGAAAGUCAAUUCUUCGUGGGCAGGACCCGUACGAUAAUUCUGAUGAUUUGUGGUACCAGGGAAGUCCUGGAGAUGAUGACAGACAGAGGAAGUCUGCCUCGCCGCCGGAAUACAGCACCGGACCAGGGCAGGCCAGAGCCAUGGGCGGAAGCGGCUUUGAUCAACCACCGAAUUUUGGAACAAAGGACAGGGGAAGGGAUAAUUACGCGUACCAAAUAGAUGAAGAGUUUGAGGAUGUUUCCGAAGAUGAGGAUGAUUUGUCGUUUGAGAGACCUACGCUGCAGAUGGAAAUGACGGAAAGGCCGAGCGCCAAGUCUAAACGAAAGAGUCGUGUAGCUUUCGCCUAAUGAACUACAAUGAAUGAUGUACAAGUUCAAUACUUUUAGAAUGGUACACAAUUUUGAUAACUGUACUUUGAAAAUUAAAUU